CUCUAUAAGGUGAGCUGCUCCGCCGUAAAUGCUCUGUAACACUGACUAGCCCAGUGCUCAGGCUUUGGGUCUUGCUGUAAUUCUAGUCUAGUAUCUAUAGUCUGACUGAUGCACUUUGCAGAUGCACUAGCUUUAAACCUGAAAGACACGCUCUGAAAUCUUUGGAGUGAUUUAGAAAGUGGAUAAACCUGCUUGUUUUGCAUUGGGGACUUACUUUAAAUCUUGGUCAACGCUUGGAAAUGCAUUCUGGAAGAAAUCAGAGGACGCGGACACACACUUGGGUUGUUUUGUUGUUCGUGGUUUGCUCUGCUGACGGAGAGGUGUCUCGUGGCUGUCCAGGCCCCUGCUCCUGCCCUCCGUCUCCUCCAUCCUGCCCACGGGGUGUCAGCAGGGUGUGGGACAACUGCGGCUGCUGUAAAGUCUGCGCUCAACAGUUCAACCAGGACUGUGGCUCCGACCUGCCCUGCGACCACAUCAAGGGCCUGCACUGCCACCUGGGGGCCGGAGGAGACCCUCAACGCGGACUCUGCAGAGCGGAGGCUCAUGGUCGUCCGUGUGAGUUUUCUGGUCGUGUGUAUCAACAUGGUGAGGACUUCCAGACGGGCUGCGAGCACCAGUGCAGCUGUAUUGAUGGUGUGGUGGGCUGUGUGCCACUGUGCCCGCUCCUCGUCCCGCUGCCCGGCUCACACUGCACCAAUCCUCGGCUGGAGACGCCGACUGGGCACUGCUGCCAGCGCUGGGUGUGUGACAGCGACAACAGCAUCAGAGAGGAGGAGCCGCUGCCUAAACACACACCGCAGUACAACCACAUCAGCAAACUCCUGCAGGAGCACCGCAGCAGACCCGCAGCUCAGGAGUGGUCGUCAGCGCCGGUGUCCGAGAUUCCCUUCCCUUCUCCCGGAUGUUUCUCCCAGACCACAGACUGGUCUGAAUGCUCUGCUUCCUGCGGGUUUGGUGUGUCCAGUCGAGUGACCAACAGUAACGCUCAGUGCAGGUUAAUCAGAGAGACUCGCCUCUGCCAGAUCACACCGUGUGACGCCACUCCACAUCUGAAGAAAGGAAAGAAGUGUCGACGUACAACAAGACCUCGUAAGCCGGAGCUGAUCACGUUUGCAGGCUGCUCCACGGUUCGCCGGUACCGUCCUCGGUCCUGCGGCUCAUGUGUGGACGACCGAUGCUGUCAGCCGCGCUCGACCCGCACAGUGCGCAUGCGUUUCCGCUGUCCGGAUGGAGAAAACAUCACGAGAAGCGUCAUGUGGAUCCAGACCUGCAGAUGCAGUAAGAGUUUCUGCAGAGCUAAGAGAGGACGAUCUUCGCCUGCUGUCAGCCUGCACAACGACAUACACACCUUCACACACUGAAAACCCUGCUAAACAAUCUGCUUAUCUAGCCAAAGCUGGUUGGCUGGUUUAAUUUGGUUAACCAGUCUGGUUUUAGAGUGGUUUUGGCCAUUUUCAGAUUGGUUUAAGCCAUUUCCAGCCUGCUCUCAGCGUACUAACAGUAAUAGUUUACUGUAGUAAAUAGUAAAGCAUACUAUCUCUUACAGUUUAUCAGCUACAGUAUUCUGUAGCAAUUCUUAACAAUGAGUCAUGUAAUGUAAUGUAAUGUGUAUUUAUAUAGCGCAUUUAUUGUGUAUGGUCAUACACCCAAAGCGCUUCACAAUCAUGAGGGGGGUCUCUCCACACCACCACCAGUGUGCAGCAUCCACUUGGAUGAUGCGACGGCAGCCACAGGACAACGGCGCCAGUGCGCUCACCACACACCAGCUAUUGGUUGAGUGGAGAGACAUGCAGUGAUCGAGCCAAUUCGGUGGAAGGGGAUGAUUGGGAGGCCAUGAUCGUAAGGGCCAAUAGAGGGACUUUGGCCAGGACACCGGGGUUACACCCCUGCUCUUUCACGAGAAGUGCCAUGGGAUUUUUAAUGACCACAGAGAGUCAGGACCUUGGUUUAACGUCUCAUCCGAAAGACGGCGCCCACUGACAGUAUAGUGUCCUCUUCACUUUUACUGAGGCAUUAGGACUCACACAGACCACAGGUUGAGCGCCCCCUACUGGCCUCACUAACACCACUUCCAAUAGCAACCUAGUGUUCCCUAGUGGUCUCCCAUCCAGGUACUGACCAGGCUCAGCCCUGCUUAGCUUCAGUGAAUAACCGGUCUUGGGCUGCAGGGUGAUAUGGCUGUGGCGCAGAGUCAUAAAUACUAUAAUACAUGCAUUAUAAUACAGUUUAUUAUUAUGGUUCAAAAACACUAUAGCUCCAGCGGGCGUAUUGAUGCCGUUUUGACAUUAGGUAGUUUACAUGCAUUCAAAUAAUUACUGUAUUUUGUAAUUGAAGCUUUCAGAUGAAUAGUCUUAUGUUAAAAAUAUUGAUAUUUGAUGGUCAUAAGGCCAUUAAUGUGUGGGUGUCAAAUGGACGUCAAGGUUUUGAUAUCUAAUUGAUUUGCAAACCAUUUAUGUCCGGGUUAAACUGCUGGGAGAUGACCAGACUGGAAAUGGCUGAAUCCAGCUUGGAAAUGGCAAAAAUCCCUGUAAAACCUGACUGGUCAACCAGCUAAAAUCAACCAUGAUAAACCAGCCAACCACCUUAGGUUAGUUUAAGCUGUUUUAUUCAGUAACAAGCUGCAACCUACCACUUGAGUAGGUACUACAUUUGCAUUUAAAUUUACUACAGGGCUAUUAGAAAAGUCUGUUCUAUAUAGUAUGAGUGUGAGUAGAAUGAAUACUCUAGUCAUUUAUAGAAAAUACUAGUGGAUGUCAAGGUUUUGCAUUUUUGACAUGUUAUUGACAUGCUUUUUGAUGUUGUUUUGACACCCACUUGUCCACUGGGGUAGUAACCAUAAAUUGCUAUAGUAUUUUUCAAGUGUGAGAGCCCACUUGCAGCUGUUCUUUUAAACAGACCCCAGAUUUCAGUGUUCUGUGUCGCUCUUUUAGACUUAUAUGUAUAGUUCUGCACUUUAUUUGUUUUUCUUCUGCUUUGACUUUUGCAAAUAUGUUUAAUUUAAAAUGUAAAUAUUCCAAAGUAACAUUAUAGUUGCAUUUCCGUGCAUUUUUGCAUAGACCUAUGCGCAGUUUUUGGAUUUUAACAGGAAAAAUAUAACUUAAAAUGUUUAUUAUUUUGUUUUGUGCAGAUGAUUUGAUUGGAUAACUGUACUAACAAAUACCAAUCUUACUAUCUUAUUCUGAAAUGCCUCCACUGUUAAAUGGAAAAAGUUCCUAAAUUGAUUUUUGCAUUGAUGUACUUUCAGAGAACUAUAUUUAUUAUGAAGAACAUUUUAACAAUAUAAAGACACGUUUUACUCCAUUAGGAUGCCUUUGUGGAAUGUAAAGAUUCUCUGUUGAAGCAUUGAUGCCAUAAAGAAACUUUAAUUUUAGGAGUCUAACAUCAAAAUAAUUAGGUUAAAGGAGUUUAGAACUGACUAAAAAAAGUGUAUUCAAACAUGAGACAUCUGAAAACGAGAGUAUAUUGAUAUUGGACAUCGACUGCCCCUCAGUGGAACAGCUAAUUCAUUAGUGAGUCAAUUAGAGCUACAGCAGUUUCCCCCGUUCAGAAGCAUACUGUUUUAAUUAUUGACAGUUUUGGUCUCUUAAUCAUUUUUUCUUUGAUUUUCCAGUGUGCCACAAGUUCAGUUUGUACUCUGAAUUAAAUCAAACGUGACAUUUUGACUCCAUUUUAUGAGAUUUAUCUGAUAAUGUGUUCAUCUUUCCAUCUUUCUGCCUAUAUUUAUUCUGUUUCAUUGUACAGCAUUGAAGUGUUUUAUAUUUAGAGGCGUAUGAUCAGAUUAAUGACAUCCUGACGCUGGAAGGAAAUGAAAAUGCACUAGUUUUGAGGUUGUUGUGGAUAAAAUUAAACGAGUUGCCUGAUUAAGGGAGAAAAUUAAGACUUUUUAAUAUGUUUAUUCUUUUAUAAUAAUAUAUGCUCUAUCCAUUCUUUUAUACAGCAGAGUUUUACUCAUAUAUUGAGAUGUAUAGAUGUGUUAUUUUCAGUUUUUUGUGUGUAAGAGGUCAUGAUGGAGAUAUGUUUCAGUGCAUGACUGUAGGUUUGUCUUUUGUAAAGUGUACAGGCUUCACUGUCGGUGGAGUGACUCUUUUGAGACUGCUUCAUUUUUCGGGGCAAUUCUAGACUCUCGCUUGUAUACGAGUGAACGAUUAUUUGUAUUGCAAAGAUGUUGAAUAUCAAUGAUUAUAUGCUGGUCAGAUUGUGUCACAAAUAAACAAAACAUCUUCAAGAAAA